AUGCAGCAGCGUGGAACCGUUCGCCGCCGCUCCAUUGAAUCCGACAACGACCCCACCAUCACCCAGCGACCCAGCAGGAGACCCCGUCACGCCACUUCCGCCACCCAUUCGCACUCUUCCAGCAUGGGCGCUCCAACCGCGAUUCACAAUGGGGCGAACAACGGCGUAGCCACUGGCGUCACCGACGACGCCGCCUACGAGGAGGGUCCUUACAUUCCGCCUCCCUCUGUUCUCGACCAGAUCCGCCCGUACGAGCCGGCGGGAACGCUCAUGUACGAGGACGACCGGGACUGGAAGCCCCAGGAAGUCGAUGUGUCGAUGGACGGCACAGACAGCAGUGGCGAACCUGCCGCGCCCCCCAUCAGGAAGCAGGACUAUAGCAAGCGCAUGCCUAUCGACCGCGAGGAGAUCGUGCGCCUCAUGCUCCAGGGCCUCGAAGAUCUCGGCUACCAACAGGCUGCGUCCGUUCUGUCCAAGGAGUCUGGGUUCACGACGUCUUCGCCCGCCGCUGCCGAGUUCCAGGAAGCGAUCCUGGGCGGCCGGUGGUCCGAGGCCCUGCAUUUGCUGCCUGAGCUCGGUAUUGUCGAUCACGCAGCGUCGAUGGCCGCGGAAACAUCGUCUUCGCGUAGCAGCAUUGCGUCCGGCAAGACAAAGGCGGCUGAUCCCGCCGAGGCGCAGUCCCCGGCCAACAAGGCGCGCUUCCUGAUUGCCCGACAGAAGUACCUCGAGCUUCUCGAGGGCGGCCAGCAGAAGAAAGCGCUCGCCGUGUUGCGAAGCGAGCUUGCCGCCGCCACGACGCAGGACCCCGAGGCCCUGCACGACCUGUCUGGGUUUAUGAUGUGCCUCGAUCAAGACGAGCUGUACGAGCGAGCCAAGUGGGACGGUGCCGCUGGAACGUCCAGGCGACUUUUGCUGGAGCGGUUGCAGGAGCACAUCUCGCCCAAAGUCAUGCUGCCCUCACGACGGCUGGCGACUCUGCUCGACCAGGCGCGCCAGCACCAGCAGCUGUCGUGUCUGUACCAUGACGACAACGAGCCGGUCUCGCUGUACAACGACCACCAGUGCGAGAGCGGCACGUUCCCGACAGUCACGACGCACAUAUUGCAGGACCACACGGACGAGGUCUGGCGCAUCGAGUGGAGCCCGUCCGGUGACAUGCUUGCCUCCGCCAGCAAGGACCGAACAGUCAUGAUCUGGAAGCUUAAGCCACCAGAGCAUGAGGGUAUGGACUAUGGCAUCGAGGUCUCGCACCGCCUGUCUGGACACACGGCGCCCGUCGAUGCCCUCGCGUGGUCGCCCGACAGCAAGACGCUCGUGACGUGCUCGGACAAGCAGGUCUACCUCUGGGACGCCGUGACGGGUGCGCGCAAGCACGUCCCGAACAGCACGAGUCCGCACACAGACACGAUCAGCGCCGUGCAGUGGCUCCCGGACGGGUCCAAGUUUGUCGUAUCGUCGCUCGACUGCUAUCUCGUCUUCUACGAUGCGUCCGGCACGGUCCUUCACAAGUGGAAUAUUAACAGUAUCCAAAUUAGUGACUUUGCGAUCACGCCGGACGGCUCCAAGCUCGUUGCCGCGACGACAAUCUUAAAGCGCACGAACCCGGGCGGGAACGGAAAGAUGAAGCCGUCGAUCAGCGCGCGGGUCGUCGAUGGCACUGACACGGCGACGUGGGCCGAGGACGGGCUGCAGUACAACAACAUGGACCACGGACUCGUCGUCAUCAACCUCGCCGAUAGGGAUAUCGUCGAGUACGUGACGGACAUGAAGUGCAGCGGUGUCACGUCCAUCAAGCUGAGCCACGACGGGCGGCGUGCUCUGAUCAGCUGCACGCCCGACCAAAUGCAGCUGUACAGCCUCGACCCGCAUCCUCACUUUGUGCGCCAGUACAUGGGCCACGUCCAGUCGCGCUUCCUGAUUAGGAGUGGGUUCGGCGCGCCCAAGGACCGUUUCGUGCUCUCUGGCUCCGAGGACGGACACGUCUAUGUCUGGCAGAGCAACUCGAACACGCCCCUGCACGUCCUCUCGGGACACACGGACACGGUGAACGCCGUCGCGUGGAACCCCGUGCUGAGCCGCAAGCUGUUCGCGAGCUGCAGCGACGACCACCAGAUCCACAUCUGGCAGCCACCAGGAGGCCGAGUGGAGUAA